AUGUUGGUUUCUUCUGUUAUAUUGGGUUUGUCUUCUUGCGCUUUUGCGCUCCACGGUCGUUCUCGUGCAGGUUAUGGACGCGGAUAUGCAUACGGUGCAGAGGAGCGAGAGGUUGUGAGCUCGAGUCUUGUUGCGUCGGAAACAGAGGGCGUGUAUCCGGUAUACACUCCUGCUCCUCCAGCUCCGAAACGAGCCUACAGCGUUGGUGCUUCUAUCAGUAUUGAAAACGACCAUCCUGCCAAUCCACCUUAUCCCAACCUCAACGGUACUUUGACUCAAAGUCAUGGCGCUUCUUCGCCUACCGGAAUCCCUGGGUCUUCUUGCGCCCCGUACUGGCUUGAGAGCAUCAAGCAUCAAGGACUUGCGUCUUUCAACGCCAACCCAGAAUCAUACCAGGUCUUCAGGAAUGUGAAGGACUUUGGCGCGAAAGGAGAUGGAAUUACCGAUGACACGGCGGCCAUCCAGCUUGCGAUAAGUGAAGGGGAUCGAUGUACGCCCGGACAGUGCGAAAGCUCAACAACCACACCGGCUGUGGUGUACUUUCCACAGGGCACAUACUUGAUUUCCACCAGCAUCAUAAGUUACUACUACACUCAGAUUAUUGGUAAUCCAAAUUGUCUCCCUACUCUCCUUGCUUCUUCCAACUUCACUGGCUUAGGCUUGAUUGAUGGCUCCCCGUACCAGGGUUCUGGGCCGCGCGCUGGCAAGACUGGCUUUGGACCCACCAACACAUUUUUCAGGCAGAUUCGAAACCUUGUCCUCGAUAUGACAAACAUCCCAGCUGACGUCUCUGCGACUGGUAUCCAUUGGCCGACAGCUCAGACGACAAGUCUGCAAAAUAUUGUUUUCGAUAUGAACGCUGAAAAUAAUACUCAGCAUCAAGGCUUGUUUGUGGAAGAGGGCUCCGGAGGCUUCAUGACGGAUUUGGUCUUCUACGGCGGCAUGUACGGCUUCAACGUUGGCAAUCAGCAGUUCACAACACGCAACUUGACGUUCCACAACUGUGUAACUGCUAUCAACCAGCUGUGGGACUGGGGCUGGACGUAUAAGAGCGUCUCCAUCAACAACUGCCAAGUUGGUCUGAACAUGUCAGCCGGCGGCCCUUCAGCGGUCAACGUUGGAUCCAUCACCUUCCUGGACAGCGAGAUCAACAACACGCCGAUUGGAAUUUCAACAGGCAGAACACCCGACUCCGAGCCUGCUGCUGCCGGAAGCUUGUACUUGGAGAACGUCAAGCUCAAUAACGUUGGCGCUGCCGUAGUCGGACCUGAAGGGACGUAUCUCGAGGGGGCAUUCGGCUCUUCAGUCAUCGAUGCCUGGGCUGACGGCCACCGAUACCUUCCCAACGGCCCGAUCGAAGAGCGCGGACCCAUUGCUCCCAGUAAACGGCCCGCUACCUUGCUCGACGCUACAGGGAAAUACUACGAGCGCUCCAAGCCGCAGUACGGCUCUGUACCUUUGUCUGGAUUCCUCAGCGCCAGAGAUCUCGGUGCCAAGGGUGACGGCCACUCAGAUGAUACGCAGGCCUUGAACGAUGCAAUCUUGAAAGCUCAGGAGGAGGGCAAGAUCCUGUUCGUCGAUGCGGGUUACUAUAUAGUCACAGGUACCAUCUACAUUCCGCCCGGCUCCAAGGUUGUAGGCGAGGCGCUCUCGUCCGUCAUCCUUGCAGCUGGCACGUACUUCAACGACAUCGACAAUCCCAAGGUCGUGGUGCAGAUCGCCCAGCCCGGCGAGCAAGGCUCAAUCGAGUGGUCGGACAUGUUCGUCAGCACACAAGGCCAGCAAAAGGGCGCGAUCCUCAUUGAGUACAACCUCGCUUCCUACGGCGAGCCGGCUGGCAUGUGGGAUGUACACACGCGCAUUGGCGGCUUCGCAGGCUCCAACUUGCAGACUGAGCAGUGUGAGAAGACUCCGGAUGUUGAGACCACUGCUGACACGCUGGUCGAAGAGUGCAUUGCUGCGUACAUGUCUAUGCAUGUUACGAAGUUUGGCACCGGCUUGUACAUGGAGAACAACUGGUUCUGGACUGCGGAUCAUGAUCUCGACGACGCGAGGAAUAAUAAUACGCAGAUCACUAUCUAUGCUGGUAGGGGUCUUUAUGUCGAGAGCCAGCGGGGUAUGAUCUGGUUAUACGGCACCGCCGUCGAGCACCACGUAAAAUACGAAUACCAGUUUGUCGACACCCGCGACAUCUUCAUGGGCCAAAUCCAAACCGAAACAGCCUACUACCAGCCCAACCCCUCCGCCCUGCUCCCCUUCCCCCCCAACCCCACCCUCUCCGACCCCAUCUUCACCCUCUCACCCAACAGCUCCAUAAACGCCGCCUCAGGCUGGGGUCUCCGCAUCGUGCGCUCCAACAACAUCCUCGGCUACGGCGUCGGGCUCUACUCCUUCUUCGACAACUACAGCACGGCCUGCUCAGACGUGGGCGGCGGUGCGCGCUGCCAAUCCCGCAUCCUGAGUAUCGAGGGCAGUCGCAAUUCGUAUGAUGUUAAUUUGUAUAAUUUGAAUACUGUGGGGACUACGCAUAUGGUUACGAGGGAUGGGGUGGAUUUGGUGGCGAAUACGGAGAAUAAUAGUACGUAUGUGGAUACGGUUAAUGUUUUUCGGAUUGGGAGCUUUGGGCUUUGA